UUUAGGCGUCACGUGACCGCAGGUCAGCUGAUCCGCGGCCGGAGAGUUUAAGACCAUCUCAACCCGUCCACGAAGGAAAUAUUUGGUCCUGAAAGACGAUAAAUUGGAGAAUUUCACCUUUGAGAUAAUCACCAGAAAGCCGACAAGAUGUCUGGAAAGGACAGGAUCGACGUAUUCCCAUCCAGAAUGGCUCAGACCAUCAUGAAGGCUCGUAUGAAAGGAGCGCAGACGGGCCGCAACCUCCUGAAGAAGAAGUCGGACGCUCUCUCCAUGCGAUUCCGUCAAAUCCUUCGCAAGAUUAUCGAGACAAAGACCAAGAUGGGGGAGGUGAUGAGAGAAGCGGCCUUCUCUUUGGCCGAAGCCAAAUUUGCCGCUGGUGACUUCAGCACGACAGUCAUUCAGAAUGUCAACAAAGCCCAGGUGAAGGUGCGGGCCAAAAAAGACAACGUGGCAGGUGUUACUCUUCCCGUUUUUGAGCAUUAUCAAGAAGGCGGAGACAGCUAUGAGCUGACUGGUCUGGCCCGAGGAGGAGAGCAGCUCUCCAGGUUGAAGAGGAACUACGCCAGAGCCGUGGAGCUGCUCGUGGAGUUGGCCUCCUUACAGACAUCUUUUGUCACUCUGGAUGAGGCCAUAAAGAUCACCAACCGCCGUGUGAAUGCUAUUGAGCACGUUAUCAUCCCUCGGAUCGACCGCACCUUGACCUACAUCAUUACGGAGCUGGACGAGAGGGAACGAGAGGAGUUCUACAGGCUGAAGAAAAUCCAGGAGAAGAAGAAGCAGCUGAGAGAGAGGACGGAGAAGGAGAUCGCCGCCCGCCUGGCCAAAUUGGGCCCCGUCGCUGAGCCUGCCAACAUGCUGACAGAGGAGACGGACGAAGACCUGCUCUUUGAGUAAACCCCCUGUCGUCAAGGCAACCCUUAAAUCUAUUUAUUCCGUGCCCAUCAGGGCAAUGUCAAAGUCUUCUCCUGAAGACCAUUUGUGUGAUGUGUGACGUGUUCUGUUGUGUCAUACUGGAAAGAAUCCCAUUUCAGUAUUUGUCCAGAACUCCAAAGCAAUUAAGAUAAGUAUGAAGAGAUGCAACAUAGUACAUUUAAUUGUGAAUUGUGAGAGCCAUUACCUCGUUGAAAGGAUGUUUACCGAGUGAGACCCUUGCUGUAACACACAUUGCAACAGGUCGUCCAAUAAAAGGUGUUCCCAG